UACAGGAUGGGUCAGGUGUUGGUUUGUGUCCUGACGGAACUGCUUGGCUCUACGAAGAAACUGAACGUCAAUUUCCAGGAUGCGGACGGAUUUUCAGCUCUGCACCAUGCAGCUCUCACAGGAACCACAGAGCUUCUGUCUCUUCUGUUGGACGCCCAGGCCAUGGUCGACAUCAAGGACAGCAAUGGUAUGCGCCCGCUCCACUACGCAGCCUGGCAGGGGAAGGCUGACUCGGUGCUGUUGCUGCUACGAGCCGGGGCGUCUGUUAAUCUAGCAUCACAUGAUGGACAAAUCCCGCUUCACCUGGCCGCCCAGUAUGGACACUAUGAGGUGUCUGAGAUGUUGCUGCAGCACCAAUCGAAUCCGUGUUCUAUCAACAAGGCCAAGAAGACGCCACUGGAUCUGGCGUGCGAGUUCGGCAGGCUCAAGGUGGCGCAGCUGCUGCUGAGCAGUAACAUGGUGGUAGCUUUACUGGAGGGAAACGGGAGGGACAACACGCCCCUGCACCUCGCCUCCCGAAACGGCCAUAAGGACAUCAUCAGGCUGCUGCUGAAAGCCGGAAUCGACAUCAACAGAACCACUAAAGCUGGAACGUCGCUCCAUGAGGCUGCGCUGUACGGCAAGACUGAUGUGGUGAAGCUCCUGCUGGAUGCUGGGAUUGAUGUGAACAUUAGAAACACUUACAACCAAAGUGCACUGGACAUCGUAAACCAGUUCACCACCUCUCACGCCAGUAGAGACAUCAAACAACUGCUCAGAGAAGCAUUAGGAGCAACGCAGGUAAGAGCACUAAAGGACUACUGGAACCUUCACGACCCUACAGCUCUUAACAUACGUGCUGGAGAUGUCAUCACGGUGUUAGAGCAGCACAUAGACGGACGAUGGAAGGGACACAUCCACGACAACCAGAAAGGCAUCGACCGUGUGGGAUACUUCCCUCCGUCCAUCGUAGAGGUCAUAAGCCGGAGAUCACGGAGCAUGCUUUGUCGCCAGGCCUCGCUGCCCAUCCAUCGUCAUCGCACCCUUUCCAGAGCUCCUCCACCCUGCAGUCCCCGUCCCUCCCCCCACACCGACGAUUCAUACACCCUGUAUUCACCCUCUCAUCCCAGUCUACAGCGCCAAAAUGGUCUGGACCAGAGUGCAGGUUCACCUCCCAACAGACCCGGGGACUUGUUUUCUUCACCAAGCCCGAAAGAGCAACAGGACAUUUGGGUCCUCAGGAACUCUUUCAGUGGAGACAGGAACAGUGUUGGCAGUGCAGACAGUGUCAGAAGCAGUCGCAGUGCCGGCAGUGGACAAAGCACCGAGGGCAACUUUACCCACAAUGCACAGCAUCACCCCAGUGCUACUGCACAGGACUUUAGCAAGGUGUCGCCCUCUUGUGGUGAAGUGGUGGAAGCGCACAGCCGGACUGUAGAAGCCAUCAAGUCUGAGUCUGCAGGUCUCAGGCAGGUUCAAGCCGGUGAACAGAGGUUCAGGCGUCAUGGUGUCCGACCAGACCAGUUGCUAGAGGGCAAGGAUGCAGAGGCGAUUUUCCAGUGGCUAAGUGAGUUUCAUCUGGAGCAGUACACGGCAAACUUCCUCACCGCUGGUUACGACGUACCUACCAUAAGCAGAAUGACUCCUGAGGACCUCACGGCCAUCGGUGUGACCAAGCCAGGCCAUCGCAAGAAGAUCUCCAUGGAAAUCAGCAAACUGAACAUCCCUGAGUGGCUGCCAGACUACAUUCCUCCUGAUGUCGGCGAAUGGCUCGGUGCUAUCGGCCUCUCCCAGUACCAAAAGGUGCUCGCGGGGAACGGGUACGACUCUGUUAGUAUUGUACGAGACAUCACUUGGGAGGAUCUGCAGGAAAUUGGAAUCAACAAGCUGGGGCACCAGAGAAAGAUGAUGCUUGCAGUUAAGAAGCUCUGUGAUGUUUAUAAGGCUGUUAGGAACCAGGCCGAGGGGAAUGGAACACUGCAUCGAAAGAGACAGCCUCCCACCCUGGAGCUUGUGACUAUCGAGACACCGAACAGCACCGAUUGCCCUUCGUCUCCCCUCUCACCCAAAAUGCUGACCUUUCAAGACAGCGAGCUGAGCGCCGACCUGCAGAACGCCAUGACGCAAAGCGCUUACGCCAGCUCCCAGGAAGGCUUUGGCGCUGUCAUGACCCGGACAACCAGGUCUCAAAGUCAGGAGAGCAUCAGCAAACGUUCCCGGGGCACCGGGCGCUCACAGGGCGCACACAGUCGUUCCAACGAAAGCCUGGGCAGCGUGGACAGCGGGCCAUUCAAGGACAACUGCAAAGCCAAUUCUGAGCAAAAGAGGUCGCCACUCGUGCCGGCCAAGAGCGCCCCACCGCUGCCUCUGAAGCAGAGGCAUCAAUCAGUCGGCAGCCCACCGAAAACACCAAGUAGGAUUGCUCGAUUUGCCUACACUGCUGUCCAGUCCAGUCCUGGAUUCAGUCCCACAGUAUCUGAUGGUUCGUCCAUUAAUAAAGGUUUCAGCUACCUCCAGAACAAUUCGCAUCAGGCUUGCACUGUCCAGACUGGAUCCAGCGUCGACAAUCACAAUCCAAAGAAGCGGACCCAGAGCCUGUCACGCUACGCCGUCUCUUACGGAGACGGAGAGGAUGACGGGGCACCAGUGCCGCCAGCUAACGUGCCUGCGUUCGCCACCCUCACACGCAAGCCUGGACGGAGCCAGACGUGCACCGGUCGCAGUGGCGGGCAGGUGGGUCGGGCUCAUUCGUUUGCCGUACGCGCCAAGAGGAAAGGACCGCCCCCGGUUCCUCCCAAGAGGAUGAGCUCUGCACAGAAGGCCGUAGAUGACGGUGGGGUGGAGACGAAGAGUGCCGGGAGCGUUCGAAGCAUUGCAGCCAGGCUGGAGGAGAGCGGAGGAAGCCCCACCAAGACCCCCAGCAGCAAUCCAACUCAAGCUGCCUCACUUGCCAUCACAUCUAGAACUAUUAACAGACCAGUAAAAUCCACUACUGACGUCUCGCCACAUAAAACAGCACAAGUAGAACCCAGUCAUAUUAAACUUGAAGGUCGAGAAACGAAGCUUCAAGCAAACCAUGCAAGUUUGUCCGAGGGCAUUUCGUUUGCCGAGGAAGGUAAAGGAACCAUAAAGCAAAGACCGAGAAUAGAAGUGGCUACAACUGACACCGAUGGCACAUUCGAGGCAGCCAGACCUGCAAAGCUGCCCAAAUCAUCCUUAAAGUUACCAGAGUUCAACCUGCAAGAGUCGGACACUGUAAAGAGGCGAUACAAACCCAAAGAGACAGAGCUGCCGACCACACCACAAGAAAGGGUGAGAUCUCCACCGGGUGAGAUGAAAUCACCGUGCCUGCUAAAUAGUAAACCAACAGGAAAUCAACUCAGACAAAAUUCACACCCCAAACCAGCCUCUCCACAGAAACCCACCACACCCUGUAAGCCUAUAUGUCAAUCUGCUGCAGCGUCUCUGGAUGGGUCUGCUGGGAAGACCACCAGGAUGGGGCAAGACGUCGCCUUUACAGUCUCCUCUACGUUUGUGAGAGCGCCCAGUACAACCAUCAUCAGACCAGUGGGCCACAAAAGCCCAGAACUCCAGGAGUCAAGACAAAGCUCAGAUCAACCCAUCCCUAAACGAAUAGAGCUAGAUGGGUCUGCUGGGAAGACCACCAGGAUGGGGCAAGACGUCGCCUUUACAGUCUCCUCUACGUUUGUGAGAGCACCCAGUACAACCAUCAUCAGACCAGUGGGCCACAAAAGCCCAGAACUCCAGGAGUCAAGACAAGGCUCGGAUCAAGCCGUCCAGAAGCGAAUAGAGCGGACCAGCACUUCUCUGGAGGCGGCACUGAUGGUGGUGGAAAGAAAGCUAGCGCAGGACGAUCAGAGCGACAGCGGCACUUACACAGGGAAGUCGGCGGGUAACAUCCUGGAUGACAUCGGGAACAUGUUCGACGAUCUUGCCGACCAGCUGGAUGCCAUGCUGGAUUGAUUGGAAGGUAUUUUGGCUGUUGGAAAACCCACUGUGGAUUCUGCACUGGUUGGGUCUAACUGGAAGUCUGGUUAUAUCUAAAUGGGCAUGAAUUCACUGGACGUCAAUGAGACGUGAGGUUAUAGACGGCAGUCUGGUUUAAGGUGCAAUAUCUACCUGUGGAACUGCAACCUGGUGGAGUGUUAUUAAGGAUCAUGUAAUGAGUUAUGAAUUCUGACAAGGCUUCUGUCAGACUCUUUGGUUAAUGACGUGGGUUCACCACUCUUGACAGAUUUUAUAGCACUUAUUUGAAAUCUACAUCAUCCAAGCUCUUUAAGGAUACACUUCAAUUUUCUGUUGUACAUCCACUGGACAUGGGAGGAGAGGACUUCUAAUUUGUCAUUUUUAUUAUUUUUUACCUCACAGCAGACAUACAUGCUAAAACUGUCCUUGUCGGUACUUAAAUGUGUUCGGUAUUACGGUAGUAUUACAUUUUGGAGAAAAUAAUAUCUUCGUCCACUCAAAACGUUGACCAAACCUUUGAAAGAAUGUACUAAGAUGUUACAUAGAGGGACUACCAGAACAUCUACAAUGCACCUUGAUUUAGAUUUCAAAAGUCUUUGGUUACUGUACUGGAGCUAUGGAAGCCCAUUCUUUUUAUACUGAAUUGCCCUGUAGUGACCCUUUCCUUUUAGAUGGACAAAUGAACUCAAAUCAUGCCAGCAAUAUGCAAACAGCACAACAGCUAUCAGACACCCACACUGUAACGGUCAGGCAUUCAGACCUGUUCUUUUCUUUUGGUUAUGCAACCAUAUUCUUGCAUUCUUGCAUAUUGACAUGCACAUACUGUUUAGGUAUUAGACAACAUAGACUCUCGCCCACUGGUCCACAGAGUGUCGGAGAUGUUUUUCUUCUACCAUCUUGAUCACGGUCAAAAUCAUGAAUGGGUUUUUAUCCAUGCCAGGGAACAUGGUUGUUUUUUUUUACUUGUGCAACUAUCAUAUGAUACAGCAGAGUUUUUUUUAAAUAAUAAUUGAAUAAGCGAAUUUUAACAGGCACAUGAACACGAAAAGAACUUGUACACAAAUGCGCCCUUGUGGAGGCUUUACAUUACAUCUUGUAAACCACAGUGGGACCAGGUUGCCACCAUUUUUAUUAAUUAGUAUAUUUCAUUUUGUGUUUGUUUUGAUGCAUUGUUUGUGCUGCCUGGGUCAUGGUAAAAAUCAUGGACAAAAUGACAGGCCGUCUGUCUGAAAGUAUCUGCUCUACAUCAGCGUCUCCCAACCUUUUUUACACCACGGACCAGUUUCAUAUAAGAUAUAUAAGAUAUAAUAAGAUGUAAAAUUAGCUGUUUUCGCUGCAACGAGACGUACUCCCACUAGGGGUGACAAUAAGACAAUAACCCCCGAAAUAGAAGCAGUGAAAACUACUUUUCUAGCGAUCUCGAAUUCUUCAUUCUUUCUGUGUGGCCCACGGUUGGAGACCACUGCUCUACAUGUUUACUUUACUCAUUUAUUUACUUAUUACCAUUAAAUUUGCUCUUACACAUGCUCUUAUUCAUUUAAAUGAAAUCCAUUACAAUGAAAAUGUGUGCAUUUUUAUUUAAUGAUAGAUUUAAACAGGCUAAACCAAAUUAAGGAAGCACUACUUCAUCGAGAGACUCUGUUAAGUGAUCUAACCGUGUUUUACCUUUGUGUUAUUGUUUAUUGUGGCUAAGCUAGCAGCAAACUGACAGUUUUCAAGCGAGGUCAAAUACCAAACUCCAAAUGUAUAAAACUCUGUAUAUACACAUGAUUUAAUAAUAUGUAAAUAAAAUCAGGAAUGUUGAACUGCA